GCCAAAUGUUCGAUGCGAGAUACGCCGCUCAUUCCGCCCGGUUAUGUAAUGCCAUUGAGCAACGAUACUUCGACGCGGACGAGAAAAAUCUUAUUUGACGCGAAGACUAGAUCGACCGCUCGAGCUGGCGCUCCAGAGGAGAAUCAAUUUCUGACGAUAGCGGCCGCCUUGCCAAUCUUGCCGGGUGCGCCAGUACCUCCGAAGCUGUCGAAGCGUUGUUACAAUUCGUUUAGUUGUGCCGGGACCCAAUUUGAACUUCAAGAUGCGGAGGCCGAUGGCUGCGACGUGGUCACGUUGCAAUGGACGGGGGACACGAGAACGAUUGUGGCGUCGAGAACUCCUGCCGAACGAGAAAAGAACCCUGACCGAAUAUGCCUCGACAGGCGAGGACUUACGACCUUCCCUACGCUCGUCGGAGAAUCGAAAUUGCGAUUAAUGUCUCUUCAGCACAAUCUGCUGACCAAGAUCGAGAGCUCCAGCUUCUCGCAAUUGACGAAGCUUGUAUUUCUCGACUUGUACGAUAAUCAAAUUGAGAAAGUAUGCGAUUUCGAUCUUUUAGAGAACCUAAGAGUGCUUCUACUGGGCAAAAAUAGAAUAAGGAAGAUCGAGGGCUUGAGGCGGCUCUUGAAAUUGGAAGUUUUGGACUUGCACGGCAAUCAAAUUCAGCAGAUUACGGGCUUGGAAAAUUUAUCGUCGUUAAAAGUACUUAACUUGGCGGGGAAUAAUAUCAAGACUGUAGGAUGCAAUGACUUUCGUGGCUUAAUCUCGUUGAAAGAGCUGAAUUUGCGACGAAACAAACUCAAAAGAUUGCUGGGAUUUCACGAGACACCACAAUUACAGAAAUUAUACUUGAGUAACAAUGAUAUUCAUAAAAUUGAAGACGUGAGUAGCCUCGCAAAAGCCUUGCAAAUUAAAGAAAUAACAAUAGAUGGCAAUCCAGUGACCUUAAGCACUGACUACAUCUCUUUUCUUGUUUCGUACUUGCCAAAUCUGCAGCUGUUGUCGACGAUGCAAAUUAGCGAGCAAAUUCGAAGAACAGCAAUGGCUUGGAGAUUCUCCAAGGAACAAUCGAAUUCAGCAUUCCUUGAUCUUAGCACGCAAGUUUGUAUGAGCGUACGUAGGGAACAGGUGAUAUCGAACGCCAAGACUAAUUGGGAAUUUCUCAGAUCUAAAACUAAAGUCUCGCUCGACAAUUCCGAUAAAGUAGCGACGACGGCGAGCAAUAACACGGGCAACGGUAUCAAUGUAUUAUUGCGCACGCAAAGCUCAAAUAAAUUUAAUGCUAUAAAUCGAAAGAGUUUAGACAAAGUUAAGAUAAAAGGCUUCGGUAGCCUCACGUCGAUAAAUGAAAAUAUGGAAGCACGAAAAAUGCAUAUAAAAAGGAGAAGCAGUUCCAGCGAGAAUUUGUUCAAGUUGCAAGACACAUCUAAAUCGUAUCCUUUGGAAUUUAAACUACCACCUAUACUAGGCUCGAUAGUGAAUAGUUUAACAAGCGAUAGACUCGACUCGAAUAGAUUGUCCAGGGAUAAUAAGGAAAAUAACGGUAAGAUGAAAGUUGUUGGUGAAGACGAGAACGUGUCGGAUAGCGAGACAGACAGCUCGCAGAGUCAUGAAAGUUUGAAAAGCGGCUUGAAGUGUCACCUGUUUACUUGCAAUGUCUACGGCUCGCCUAUUGAUUAUGACAAAUUUACCGUCGGUAAUGAAUCUACCAUAGGCGUGGCGAAGGACGUGCCCUCGAUUACCGCGGAAAAGUCUUGUGUUGAAGAUAACGAAGACCAGGCGCGCGAUAAGGACGCGACAAGACUUGCUACGACCGAAAAUCCCCCGAAACACCACCGUGACGCAGUGAUAAACGAAAGCAAAGGCUCGAGUGAUCGGUCCUUUCAAAAUACAAAAGUAUUUCAUGGUCAAGAUGGACCGAAUGAUUGUCAAUCGAAAUCGACUGUAAGCUCUUCUGGAUACUGCUCUCCGAGUUCAAAGACUAGUAGCGUAGACAGCUCCAAGUCGUUCAAGAAUGCUCACAAGUAUCACGAAUGUGACAAGGAUAAAGGUAGAAUUAAGAGUGCUCAAACGAAAAAGAUGGUAUAUUAUAAAAGCAAUAGAGCCGCGACAGCUAGGGCGAAAUUUCGAGCUCUCGCUCCGCCGAGUCCACCUCCUCAACAAACACUACCUAAAGAAAGAGAACAGGGCGGAGAUUAUUUAAUAGAAAUUGUUGGUCGCUGCCUGAAUAUAUACGGUCAAGGUGCUUUACGCUUUAUCGACAGGACUUGGGACGUGUCAAAGGCUCAAGAUGUCAACAUUGUGAAAUUUAAUUAUGUACAAUUUAACGAUGUGGCAAAGAUUUUAAGCAAAUUAAAGAAUAGAUUUCCUCACGCGGAGCAUUUCGUAUUUAAAGAAACCAACAUCAAUCUACUUGGCCAACUGAAUGCCUUAGCUGAGGUACAGGGACUGACCAGUAUACAGAUAGACACGGGAAAUCCUAUCGUGUCCAAGGACUGGAAAAUGUACGCUAUAUUUCGACUAGCUCAUUGGGGACUCGCAAUUAUCAAUGGCAAGGAGAUUACGCCUGAAGAUGUAAAACUUGCAAAUCAAGAAUAUACCGGUCUUGUAGAUAUAGUAAUGUGCUCACUGCCAGAUUCUUUAUUACAACCUUUGUUACAAAGACUUCAUUUAGAGAAAGUGCAAAGACAAAGCGGGGAACAAAUUACUGCCAAACAAUUUCUCUUCAACUGCGACCCGGCGCUUCGGAGUGUUGUUGCAAAGGAGGCGUUACAAUGGAGGAAGGGAAAUGUAACGCAGGAAGACCUCAUCUGGAGACACAAAGGAAAAGUACACUUGCUAAAUUUAAUCAGUCUUACUAUAAACGCUAUACACAAGUUACAGGUUCUAGAGAAGCAAUGGCCAUGCAUUCUUUACGAGAUCGUUUAUGAUACGCUAUCCGAUUUUUCUGAAAUGGAUGUAUACAUGAAACGUUGCAGUAAAAUGCUCGAAAGCAGCAAAUAGUAUCAUGUCCGUGCCUUGAAAAGUAACAUAUCUAUCGCGAUAUUGAGUAGCGUAUGAUUUCUAAUGAGAUUAUCGAUUAUAAAUAUGUACAUCGCAGAAUGGUAAUGUUUGGCUUUGCUACGAUUAAAUAUUGAAUUUAUUUCAUGAAAAGGAAGAUACACAUAUACAAUGUACAACGCAUUUACGGGGACGAUUUUAUAUUGUUAUUGCUAUAAAUGUAUUAAAUACGUUUGCUAUAAUUGUGGUAUAUUGAUGUAUAAAACAAUAAAUUGUACAUAAGCAUUGUUAA